AUGGAGCUGGUGGGUCCCAAUGCCAAGAGGAGGAGAUCCAAGGACCUAGCAGCCGGUGAGCCCCCGAUGCGGACAAUGGAAACCAUGGAGGCAGCCCAUCCCAAACCUACAAUCCAUGGCAAAGAACCGCCGCUGUCGUCGCCUAAUGCUGGCAGUGGCGGCGGCGACGACGACGUUGACCGCAUCAGUGGCCUCCCCGAUGCUGUCCUCGGUGAGAUACUUUCACUUCUCACCGCCAAGGAAGCCGGACACACCCAAAUCCUCACCUCCUGGUGGCGCCACGUCUGGGUCGCCUCCCCUCUCAUCCUUGAUGGUGCAGACCUCCACAAUAAGCCCAAGGCCCUCCUCAGCGAUAGCAGCGGGACAACGAUGAUGAUGACGAGGCCCUCUCCUGCGCGCUCACCCACAUCCUCUCCGCCCACCUAG